GCACUCCGUUCCUCUUCAGUGUCUGUCGGCUUUCCUUUAUGCUCCUUCAAGGGUCUGAGCAGCGCUACAAGCCUUGACGAUGUCUUUUCCUGUCUUUCCACCAGUCUCUCCACACAGUGUCCUGGUCUGCCGUCUCACAGAUAAAGCAAACGGCUUACACAACGAUUCAAUGGGACGUGCGCGGUGCUUUCCGCAAAGAACGGGUCUUCGGUGUCGGUCCCAUUGGCACAAUGCUCCUCUUGGCGCUGUUGUAGGAGGAGGGCGACAGGCACUUGAAUGGAGCCCUGGUCUCUUUCUUGGCAUGCAACCGCCCACUAGCAUCUCUAAGAAAUUCGCCCCCUGUCUGUCAGGCGUUUUCGGGUCCCUCGGCGUAUGGCCCGCAAGGCCCGCAACACCAAGGUUAGGCGAACGCCUUGCUGCGAAAAACUACUGUCGAAAGGCGAUUCGAACUUGGUGCUCGGCAAACAUCCAAAAUAGUCUGAUGGUGCAAGCUCUCAUAUUAGGUGUACCCCUUGGAUUGCUUUGCGCAGGGCGGGCGCCGCCGCCAAAGGCCAUUACGACCACAACAUCCUUUGUACAGCCAAGGUGUGGCGCCUGGGUGUGGAAGCCGUAGACUACCUCGUAAGGGCUUAUUCCCAUCGUAGAAUGUGUUCGCCAGCGUUCGCUUGUAAGUAGCAUUGGUAUUACUUCGUCCCAGCGAUCCUUCGCGAUUUGCACGCAGAGCAAGACGCUUGCACCACCAAUGUGUCCCUUCGGACCCUCUUCCUUCGAGUGGAGCCCAAAAGGCGGCAGUCUCUAUACUCGAUCUACACGCUGGCAGUUUGCAAGCAGAUCGCGCUCUAUAUACCUGCUUCUCAACCAAUCCCAGCGCCCUCGUGCUUACAGCUCCUGGACAGCUCAGUCAGUAGCUGUGUGGUGUGCUCCUUCCCACGAGGUCAAGCGUUCGCUUCUGCAACG